GACCGAGAGGGUGUCUGUCUCUUUCUGUCUCAACCAUUUCCCCCUUCAUUCAGGACUCUUUCUCUGUACAUCUCUUAUCAGUGACUUUAUCACUACUUUGCUCAGCCACCUUCCUCUGGGAGGUGCUGGAAAAUCCAGCAAGGGGAGUUUACCAGGAGGAUAAUGACCAAAAGUCCAGCUUGAAGUCAUUUUAUAUAACUGAUAUUUUUUUUUCUUCAAAAAGAAAAACGGUGGAGAACAACUAUUUCAGCUCAGGGUGUCCCCAUUGUUUCUUCUGAAGAUGAGGAGACAUCGGUUGUUACCGCUAUGUGCCGUCCUGGGUGUCCUGUUUGCAGGACUCCUCCCUAAACUCGAUGCUCAGGAAGCACAAGAUUCAGCUGACCUAGUACUCUUAAUUGAUGGAUCACAGAACGUUGGAGCAGCAAACUUCCCCUUUGUGCGUGAUUUGGUUUUGAGAAUCAUUGAACUCCUUGAUGUGGGCAGGGACAAGGUUCGGGUGGCCUUGGCCCAGUAUAACGCCAACCCAGAGAUAAAGUUCUAUCUAAAUAGCUAUGACAGCAAAUCGUCAGUCCUGGAAGCUGUGAAGGGCCUUUCCUACUCAGGGGGCGACGAAUCUAACCUGGGGGCUGCCUUGCAGGAAGUGGCCAGGAGCCUUUUGAGCCAAACAGCUGGGGGCAGGGCAGAGGAGGGUGUGCCUCAGAUGCUGGUGGUUAUCAGUGCUGGGCCAUCCACUGAUGAUAUUGAUGCUGGUGACCAGGCCCUUGAGGGGGCUGGCGUUUUCACAUUCGCCGUGAUGAUUGGUGACACUGCUGCUGCAGAUCUGGAAGCAGUUGCAACAGACAGAAGUUUUGUUCUGUCAGCCCCUGAUUUCAGAACAGUGUCAAGCCUGGGUGACCAGCUGCUCCCAUUCCUAAACGGGGUGGCUCAGCGCACCAUUGUAGUUCAGAAUGAGUUCACAGAAGUCUUGGCAGUUGGAAAACGAGACAUCAUUUUCCUAAUCGACAGUACAAUGGGUGCAACGUUCAUCAACUCUGUGCGUGAAUUCAUCAAGCGGUUUGUUGAUGUCAUGCCAAUUGGUCCAGAUGGAGUUCAAGUGGGUGUGGCUCAGUUCAGCAAUGUUCCUCGACUUGAGAUGGAUCUCAACUCCUAUGGAUCCAGGGAAGCUGUAAAUGCUGCUUUGGGCAAUAUCAGACCAAAACCUGGACAGACAGUCAAUACUGGAGCUGCCUUGGACUUUGUGCGGAUGAAUAUGCUGCGGCCUGAGAAGGGCAGUCGUAUUCAACAGGGGAUACCCCAGCUUUUACUGUUGAUUACCAGCAAAAGGUCCAGCGACAGUGUGGAAGAACCUGCUAAGGCCCUGCAGCGAAUGGGUGUAUUGACUCUGGCUGUGGGCUCCAAGGCUGCUGCUGAGCCGGAGCUGAAACAGAUUGCCUUUGCCGACAGCUUUGUGUUCAUGUUGAAGGACUUCCGUGGACUGCUUCGCAACCCAGCGGCAAUUGUUAAUGCACUCUCCACAUUAGCUGGGGUGGUGGUGACCGAAACACCCACUGCGCCAGACGUGGAGACAACCACAGUGCAGACUCAAAAAGUGGUCCGAGACAUUGUCUUCCUUGUGGAUGGCUCAAACUACGUUGGCAGCACUAACUUUCCCUAUGUGAGAGACUUCAUUAUCAAUGUGGUCAACCAGCUAGAUGUACGUCCUGACAGGGUCCAGAUUGGUCUCCUGCAGUUUGCCGAAAGUCCAAAAAUUGAAUUUUAUUUGAACAGCUACAACAACAGGGAAGAUGUUGUGAAUAAAAUCUCUCAACUCAGACUGACUGGAGGCUCAGUUUUGAAUACAGGAGCUGCCAUGCAAUUUGCCCUCAGAAAAAUGUUCCUGCAAUCAGCUGGAUCACGCAAGAGACAAGGAAUCCAGCAGGUCUUGGUGCUUAUCACUGGUGGUCCAUCCCAAGAUGAGCUUAAAACCAUAGCUGAUCAGCUGGCUUUGGCUCAGGUUUUGACCUUCACAGUCAGUUCUGGACAAGCAGAUGACACCCUCCUGAGUACAGUUGCCUUUGUUCCAGAUUUGGCUUUCUACGACCCAAGCUUCUCUAAUUUACCAGCUUUGGCUGAAGUAAUCUUACCAAAGUUGAUAACGGUAGUUGGCGAUUUGGACUUAGUCAAUCAGGAAUUGGCUGAUGAAAGGGAUGUUGUCUUCCUCAUUGAUGGCACAGACAAUGUUCGAGCAGAUUUUACCCAAAUCCAGGAUUUUAUCAUUAAAAUAAUUGAACCACUUGAAGUUGGGAUUGACAAGGUGCGAAUUUCAGUGGUUCAACACAGUGAGAGACCAUCUCCAAGUUUCUACCUUAACACUUAUCAAACCAAAGAUGAGGUGAUGAGAGCCGUCAGGGGGAUGAGACUGGCUGGUGGACGUAGUCUUAACACAGGAGUCGCCCUAAAAUUCACGAAGGACACCAUCUUGUCUGAAACAUAUGGUAGCCGGGCUGCGCAAAACGUGCCUCAGUUUCUGAUCUUAUUGAGUGGAGGCAGGUCCAGGGACAACGUGAAGGAGCCUGCUGGUGCCCUGAAGACAGAGGGAGUCAUACCAUUUGGUAUUGGUGUCAGGGAUGCAGAUCCUAAGCAGAUUGAGGCCAUUUCACACAACCCUUCAUUUGCCUUCAAUGUGAGGGAAUUCAGUGAGCUUAACACCAUACCGCAGCGGAUCAAUAACUAUGUGACCCUUCCAAAGGAAGAGCUAACUGUCAUCCUAGAGCAAGAGAACAAUAAGAGAGACAUAGUGUUUCUUCUUGAUGGGUCGGAUGACUCCCGAAAUGGACUUCCUGCUAUUCGAGAGUUCAUCAGAAGAAUGGCAGAAGAGCUAGACACUGAUGAAGAUAAGGUUCGAGUGGCCGUCGUACUGUACAGUGGUGACACCACAGUUUACUUCAACUUAAAAACUCACAGAUCCAAAAAGGCUAUCAUCUAUGCUGGAGUCGGCAUCAAGAAGGUGUCCCUCAGAUACUGA